CUUACAUGGGAACUUGAGCUCCAGUAGUUAAGCAGAUAUGAACGUCACUCCUCUUUAAAAACUGGCUAGAAUAUCACUGUCCAGUUUUGUUGAUGCGAACUUUCAACUUGUUCUAAUUUUUUGGUCUUUCAAAGCUCUGUAAUGCUUCAUGUGCCUUACCUCUACAACUGGUUUUGCAUAUACUGCCAAUGGCAAAAAUGUUCCACCAUUCUUUGCUUCUAGCUCUUUUUAUAAUUUUUCCUUUUAUUAAUUACUCAGAGCAACUGCAAUCCUCUCAGGCUCAGGCCCUCUUAAGAAUUCAACGACUUCUAAACUUUCCAUUAAUUUUAAGCAGCUGGAAUAAUAAUACAGAUUUCUGCAACACCGAGCCAAAUUCAUCUUUAACUGUUGUAUGCUAUGAAGAAACCAUAACCCAGCUGCAUAUAAUUGGCAACAAGAGAGCUCCACUUCUUCCUCGGAAUUUCUCGUUGGAUUCCUUUGUAACAACCCUAGUUAAGCUUCCUGGCCUCAAAGUGCUCACAUUGGUUUCUAUUGGUUUAUGGGGAACUUUCCCUGGUAAAAUUGCGCGGCUUUCAUCUUUAGAAAUUCUUAAUGUCAGCUCUAACUUCUUAGAUGGCCCCAUCCCUCAAGAGUUUUCAUCCCUAACAAGCCUCCAGACACUCAUACUCGAUGACAAUAUGUUUUCUGGCCAGCUACCAGAUUGGUUGAGUUCACUCCCAGUUCUGACUGUUUUAAGUUUGAAGAAGAAUUUGUUCAAUGGGUCUCUGCCAAGUACAUUGAGUAAUUUGGAAAAUCUUAGAGUCCUUGCUCUUUCCCAUAACGAAUUUUAUGGAGCUGUCCCCGACUUCGAACAUUUGACAAACCUUCAAGUGCUUGACUUGGAAGAUAAUGCUUUUGGACCUCAGUUUCCUCAACUCGGUAGCAAGUUGGUCACCCUUAUCCUGAGCAAGAACAGGUUUAGGUCUGGCAUUCCUGUUGAAGUGAGCUCCUAUUAUCAGCUUCGACUUCUGGAUAUAUCUUUCAAUACAUUUGUUGGGCCGUUCCCCACAUCAAUCUUAGCGCUGCCUUCUAUUACUUAUCUGAACACUGCAGGGAACAGAUUCACGGGAAUGCUUUUUGAAAACCUAUCUUGCAGUACAGGCCUUGAAUUUGUGGAUUUGUCCUCAAAUCUUUUGACCGGAAGAUUACCUAGCUGUCUACUAACUGAUUCCAAGGAAAGGGUCGUUCUGUAUGCUAGGAAUUGUUUGGCUACUGGAAAGCAAAACCAACAUCCAUUUUCAUUUUGCCACAAUGAAGCCUUAGCUGCUGGCAUUCCUCCACUUCAAUUGAAACAGAGAGAAGCUUCUAAAGCAGUUAUUGCCCUGGGUAUAAUUGGAGGAAUUAUUGGAGGAAUUGCACUUCUUGGACCAAUUUUCUUGAUUGUUAGAAGAUUUAAUGCCAAGAGAGCAACAAAAGUUAAAAAACCCCUGACAAGAUUAAUAGAAGAGAAUGCAUCGGCAGGGUACACUUCAAAGAUACUUUCUGAUGCAAGGUAUAUAUCACAAACAAUGAAGAUGGGAGCGGUUGGCCUUCCAGCUUAUCGAAUCUUUUCCUUCGAAGAGCUUGAGGUGGCUACAAAAAACUUUGACACAUCUGCUUUUAUGGGUGAAGGUUCUCAUGGGCUGAUGUACAGAGGCCGAUUAAAGGAUGGUACUAUUGUAGCUGUUCGAUGCCUGAAAAUGAAAAAAAGCCACAGUACUGAAAACUUCAUGCCUCAUAUAGAGCUGAUAUCAAAACUCAGACAUCGCCAUUUGGUCAGUGCUCUUGGACACUGCUUUGAGUACUACUUGGAGGAUUCAAGUGUUAGCAGAAUAUUUCUUGUGUUUGAAUAUGUUCCGAAUGGCACGCUAAGGAGCUGGAUCUCUGAGAGGCAUUCUCGACGUCUUACAUGGACACAACGAGUAGCAGCUGCAAUAGGAGUAGCAAAGGGGAUUCAGUUUUUGCAUACAGGGAUUGUACCUGGUGUAUAUUCCAAUAAUCUUAAAAUAACAGAUAUUUUAUUGGACCAGAACCUUGUCGCAAAAAUUAGCAGUUACAAUCUGCCGUUAUUGGUCGAGAACGUGGUAAAGGUUGGACGUGGGAUUUCAUCUAGCGGAUCCAAAGAACCUAUUGUUAAUGCAAGGGUCAAAGAUGAGGACAAGAAUGAUGUUUACGACUUUGGAGUGAUAUUGCUAGAAAUCAUUCUUGGAAGACGAUUAAAAUUAAGCGAUGAAGUGACCAUUCUAAAUGAUCGGGCUGUAGCGGUUGACAUGAAUUGGGGUUGGCCGUGGCUAGAGGAGGGUGCACACCUACACGUUGGGCUGCUGUUUCCUCUUCUGUGUGCGUGCUUCCAUAGGAGUGACUUGAAGCUGGACGACUUGGUUGCUUCUAGCAGAGGCUUGCAGUGGUCUCACAGUGGGUUAGCUCAGUGCACUCAGCGGCUGGUAGUGUGCUUCGUGUGAUGCAGUGGGGUGCGGGAUGUUGUUUGCCAUGAUGGUUUUUGCGUGUGGCUUGUUGUGGUGUAGUUUUUGACCUUGUUGUAGCAACCACGUGAGGCAAGAAUGGCUUACAGUGGCUCUGCUGCAGGUUCAAGGUUGGGCUACGGUGGUAGCACAAUGAAUAGCUGAGGAGUAGUGGUUUACGGUUGAGGAACGGAGGGACUAUGGGCUUACAGGUUGCUUGCUACGCAUGGAGGAACUAUUUCCGAUGGGUAGCGCUUGGCUUGGAGGUGGGACUAGCUGAGCUGCCAUGCGUGGGAUCCCAUGGAGGCUGCGGCUUGUUGAAAGAAAAUAGAGGGCUGCUGUAACCCUAGGGCUUGAAGGAGGCGACGAGUGUGGACAUCAAUUCCCAUGUUUCAGAUAGUUAACCGCAUGUCUUUGUGAGACGAAAGUAAUAAGAAUUUACAGAAAGCUAUGUUCAAGUACUCAACUAUGAUGGAAGACACCAUUGAAUUUAGCGUUGAGGCUCUUCUCGAACUUCCCAAAAGAGAAGAACUCCUGGAAGACCUUGAUAACAUCAUCCUUAACCACCUCCCAACAAUAUUGAAUGAACGUCAUAGUAAAACCAUUUGGGUCUAGUGAUUUGUCUCUAGUCAUCCUUCUAACUACUUGAUUAAUGUCUUUCUCAUUGAAUGGCCUCUCCAACAAAGCAACACUUGGUUGGUCAAUUGCCUCAAACGAUAGACCAUGAAAGUUUUGGCCUCCAUGUAUACUUUUCAAAAAGCAACUAUUCAUAGUACCAGGCAAUAUGAAUAUUUUGAGUGCUUCCCAAAUCCACAUGAUUAUAACAUCACACUGGUUCUUCUUGAAGAGACAAUCUCUCCAUGAAUCACUCUCCAAUCUCCACGAAUUGCUUUGUUUUUCUGUUUUCCAUGAUUCUUGCUAUACAUAUGUUUCCAUGUAUGCUUCUCAAAUAGCUACCAACACAGCUGUACAUACCUUCUGUAAAUUCUAUAUACAAGCCAUGAGAGGUGCGGGCUAUUCACAUUUACAUGGUAUCAAGAGCCACUUGAGGUUUCAGUCAAAAUGGCUUCCUCUUCAACCUCCUCGAUUUCUCCUAUGGACAACACGUCCUCUCUUGAUUUGUUUUCCACAAAAACCAAUCUGCCUGACAUUUUUAUCAAAUUAGCUUCUACCAACUACCUUCUUUGGAAAGCUCAGGUAGUUCAUGUUCUUCGAGGACACGGUCUCCUCGGCUAUGUUACAAACGAAGUGUCUUGUCCUCCCACCACCAUUCUCGGCAAAAAUGGUGUAUGGAAUCCAAACCCGACAGCAAUAACAUGGUUGCAUCUUGUUCGUUGAUUCUCGGAUGGAAACAAUUUUCGGAAAUUCCUCUUUCUCAAGUGAUAAAUUGUGAUUCGGCACAUGAUGCAUGGGAGGCACUUGAAACUCUGUAUGGUUGACAUACAAGAGAUCGUGUUCAGCAGAUGUGUGGUGAGUUACAGGCACUCACCAAAGGCUCCUCUUCUAUGGUAGAAUAUCUGCACAAGGCCAAAGCUUUGGCCCUUUCUCUAUGU